AGAGAGUUUAGAAGUCUAGGUCUGCUUACAGGAGAAAACUAGUUCCAAAUUGCUUGCAAUUGAAUAAUAGGAUAAAAAUGUACACGAUUAAGCUCUUUCUUUUUAUUGCUCCUCUAGUUAUUUCUUCCAGAAUUGAUCAAGACUAUUCAUCAUCUGAUUCUGUAUCUCCAGAGCCAAAAUCAAAAUUUGCUAUGUUAGAUGAUGUAAAAAUUUUAGCCAAUGGCCUCCUUCAGUUAGGACAUGGUCUUAAAGACUUUGUCCACAAGACUAAGGGCCAAAUUAAUGACAUAUUUCAAAAACUCAACAUAUUUGAUCAGUCUUUUUAUGAUCUAUCACUGCAAAUGAAUGAAAUCAAAGAAGAAGAAAAGGAACUUAAAAGAACUACAUCCAAACUGCAAGUCAAAAAUGAAGAAGUGAAGAAUAUGUCACUUGAGCUCAACUCAAAACUUGAAAGCCUCCUAGAAGAAAAAAGUCUACUUCGACAAAAAGUGAAAUAUUUGGAGGGGCAAUUAACCAAGUUCAUUAAAAAUCAACCUGAAAAUCAGGAACACCCAGAAGUAACUUCACUUCAAACUUUUGUAGAACAGCAAGAUAAUAGCAUCAAAGAUCUUCUCCAGACCAUGGAAGAACAAUAUAGACAAUUAAACCAACAGCACAGUCAAAUAAAAGAAAUAGAAAAUCAGUUAAGAAGAACUGGUAUUCAAGAAUCCACAGAAAAUUCUCUUUCUUCUAAACCAAGAGCACCAAGAACUAUUCCCUCUCUUCACUUGAAUGAAACAAAAAACGUAGAGCACAAUGACAUUCCUGCUGAUUGUACCACCAUUUACAACAGAGGCGAACACACAAGUGGCAUCUAUUCCAUUAGACCCAGCAACUCGCAAGUUUUUAAUGUCUACUGCGAUGUCAGAUCAGGUAGUUCAUGGAUAUUAAUUCAACGCCGAAUAGACGGAUCACAAAACUUCAAUGAAUCUUGGGAAAACUACAAAUAUGGUUUUGGGAGGCUUGAUGGAGAAUUUUGGUUGGGCCUAGAGAAGAUAUACUCCAUUGUAAAGCAAUCUAAUUACAUUUUAAGAAUUGAGCUAGAAGACUGGAAAGACAACAAGCAUUAUAUUGAAUAUUCUUUUCACUUGGGAAAUCAUGAAACCAACUAUACGCUACACCUAAGUGAGAUUACUGCCAAUGUCCCCAAUGCACUCCCAGAACACAAAGAUUUGGUGUUUUCCACUUGGGAUCACAAAGCAAAAGGACAAUUCAAUUGUCAAGAAAGUUAUUCAGGAGGCUGGUGGUGGCAUGAUGUAUGUGGGGAAAACAACCUAAAUGGUAAAUAUAACAAGCCAAGAUCAAAAACUAAGCCAGAGUGGAGAAGAGGAAUAUGCUGGAAGUCUCAAAAUGGAAGAUUCUACUCUAUCAAAUCAACCAAAAUGUUGAUCCAUCCAAAAGAUUCAGAAAGCUUUGAAUGGGGGCCCGCCCAGUGGCUUAGUGCUGUGCCAUCACAAGAACGUGUACCCCAAUUAGAAGAACAUAAGCCUACAGAACAAAAUCCAAAUCUCUUCCAGGUAUUCAAGGAUUUCUAUCAUCUGACUCCAAGUUAUCUCUUUAACCAUUUCCUGCCCACCACAAACCCUGAGCUCUAA